AUGACCGGUGCUCGGUCUUCUACGGCCAAUAUAAGGUCUGCGUCACCUCUUGGCGUCGCCUCGCUGCCAUCCGUGCCUUGGAUCCAUGUGCUAGUUGCCAACUGGCUCAUCACUGACCCAAGCUACAUUGUUUCGUCCAAGAAGCUCCACAAUUACCAGGUCCAGAACGAUGGGCAUAGCCAUACAGUGUUCUUCCUCGGUGGAAGACUUCGCUUUGUCAAACUGCCUCCAAUUAGCGUUGGUGUAAUUAUGGUCAUCGUGGCCAGUGGAGUGCUUUUCUGGAUCUUCGAAGCCAGCUGGCUCUGGCAUCAUAUCAACGCAUCGCCCGUCAUUAUCUACACAUAUUUGUGGCUUCUUUCAUUUCUGUUUUUCGUCAAGGCAGCAUGUAGCGACCCGGGAAUCGUACCCCGUAACUUGCAUCUACCCUACAAUAUGGACCAAAUGGGCACCUACAAGCCUCCAGACGAAUAUUUCAAUGUGGUGUCGCUCCCAUAUACUUCGAAUACCACUUUCGGCGUAUCGGUGAAAUACUGUCCCACUUGUCACAUAUGGCGACUUCCUCGCAUGAGUCAUUGUGGUAUUUGUAAUGUAUGUGUAAGCAAUCAUGACCAUCAUUGCAAAUUUCUCAGCAAUUGCGUGGGGCUGCGCAACUACCGCCAUUUCUUGUGGUUCUUGCUUGUUUCUGUGUUGGCGUGCGUAUGUCAGGCCGUACUUUGCUUCGUUCAUCUUUUCCACUAUAGAACGCAUUACUCUAGCCUCUCUACGUUCUCCCAGUCGGCAUCACGUUAUCCUGUUGCGCUUCUACUAGCGAUUAUAGCCAUACUUGGCUUUGUCUACCCGUUUCUACUCCUCGGUUUACAUGUCUACUUGACUGCCUACAACUGUACUACCCGAGAGUACCUUAACUAUGUGCGUCCAGCAAGCCAUGGAGCUUCGCCCUACGUCAAUGUUUUCGACACGAAAUCAAUCUGGCGAAACCUUUGGCUUAACUGGAUUGCUACACCUCAGGGACUUUCGUUGGUUAAUCCAAAACAACAAUAUGUGGAAGGAGACAUCACUCUUGAGCCUGUACCUCCUCUAGCAGGGUUUACCCAUGCGUAA